AUGUCUUUCACACUAGAAAGAUGUGAAGAUAACAACAUGAUCUUCACCAUGGAUUCUCAAAAAACAGUACCUGCUCCCUUCUUAACAAAAACAUACCAACUUGUUGAUGAUCCUCUCACUGACCACAUUGUCUCUUGGAGUGAAGAUGAAUCUACAUUUGUUGUUUGGAGACCUCCAGAGUUUGCUAGAGAUCUUCUUCCCAACUUUUUCAAACACAACAACUUCUCAAGCUUUGUUAGGCAACUAAAUACCUAUGGUUUCAAGAAAGUGGUUGCUGAUAGAUGGGAGUUUGCAAACGAAUACUUCAAAAAAGGAGAAAAACAUCUAUUAUGCGAAAUCCACAGAAGAAAAACAUCUCAAAACUAUCAACAACAAUACUACGAACAAUCACCACAGAUUCUCCAACAAGACGAAACCAUCUGUUGGAUUGACAACACUCAAUUACCACAACAAUCUCCUAAACCAAACACUGAUAUCUUAAUAGCACUCUCCGAGGACAAUCAAAGACUAAGAAGAAAGAAUCUAAUGCUAUUAUCAGAACUCACUCACAUGAAGAAUCUCUACAAUGAUAUCAUAUAUUUCAUUCAAAACCAUGUGACUCCUGCAUCAUCCUUUGAACAAAGAACCAAUAAUAAUGCUGCUAUUUUGAAGCUUGUUGAGUUGGAUUCAUCGGUAUCUCAGUUACCAAAUGAGAGUGAUGUUGUUAAGGAUUGUAAUGGUUCUUACGUGAAGCUCUUUGGUGUUCCUCUUUGUGGAAAAAAGAGAUUGCAUCCAUGA